AUGCACGAGCUACCAAGGUUACAGCGUCGGUUACCACUGAGUUUAGAGAUUGGGCGAGUAGGUUGCGUUAUAUAUUUUGUUAUCUAUGAAUCCAUGCGUAUUAUGGAACCGCGUAGAACAUACCGAAUGGUUAGUCCGUCUAAUAGACAGGUACCCGCGCCGUGUAAUCAAGCCGGGCUACUAGUGGACGAGCACGAAUACAACGUUGUCCUACCCCAGCUCCUAUGUUACGCUCCAGUGAAUACGCAAGUAAAACACAUUCAUUCUGAGCGCCUUCAGCAGUUGCUUUGUACAUACAAGUCCAUGAGUUAA